CUUGAGCUCCGAGCGGCAGCAGGGAGCAUGGGCUGACGUCAGAGCUGCCCAGCUGUGUGUGUGUGUGUGUGUGUGUGUGUGUGUGUGUGUGUGUGUAUGGCUUUGAGGUGACAGUGGCUUUCACACAACAAGGAAGUGGAGGAUAUGUCGCUCAACUGAAGAAAAAAAACGUCGACGUUCCCGUACGAGCAGCUUCCUCUGAGAUGGAGAUGGAGAUGAGCCGAGGCGCCACCACUGUGUCUGCACGCACCCCAUCAGCGUCCUCAGCGUGAGUCCACAUCAGCUGCCCGUCUCUGCGAUCGUCAAUAUUUGCAUCCUAACAUGGCCAUCGUUCCUCCUGGGAUCCGCCUGCUGGUGUCCUUUGACAGGGACCAAUGGUACAGAGCUCUCACAUUCAUCCUCACCUUCCUGCUCUACACCAGCUUCCACCUCUCAAGGAAACCCAUUAGCAUCGUCAAGAGCGAGCUUCAUAAGAACUGCUCAUCUGUCAAUGAGCUAGCCACUAUUGCCUCCAGCAGCGGCAGCAGCGGCAGCGGGCAGCCGCCCUCCCUGCCAUCUCUCCACACCGACAUGGACUGUAGCUGGAAGCCUUUUGAUAAAAGGAACUACAAACAGCUGCUGGGAGCCAUGGACUACUCCUUCCUCUGUGCCUAUGCAGUGGGAAUGUACCUCAGCGGCAUCAUCGGGGAGCGCCUGCCCAUUCGCCUGUACCGACAGCGGAUUGGCAUGCUGACCAGUGGCCUGUUUCCUGUGGCCAACGGCUUGGUCCAAACCACUGGCUGGCCCAGUGUGGUGACCUGCAUCAGCAACUGGUUUGGAAAGGGAAGGCGUGGACUCGUCAUGGGGCUGUGGAACUCUCACACCUCAGUUGGAAACAUCCUGGGCUCUCUGAUCGCCGGCUACUGGGUCUCCUCCAACUGGGGCAUGUCCUUCAUCGUACCGGGGAUCAUCAUCGCAGUCAUGGGCGUCGUCUGCUUCUUCUUCCUCAUUGAGCAUCCAAAUGACUUGAAAAGCAUGUAUGCUCAAAGUUCUUCUCCAGGCAAGAGUGUUCCAACCAAGAGUUGGACCGGUGAAAAUGGACACACAGAGAUGUAUAUGCAAUACAAAGACAACAAAACACAGGAGUACUACUGUUACGAGGAUAGGGUUCAAAACAGGAAGAGUUAUGACACGGAGCUGCUGUUACCCAGGGACAGUGUGUGUGUCCCCGCGCAGCCUGUCGUGGUGGUGAAGAGGGAGUCCGAGCCGUCCGCCAUCAGCUUCAUGGGAGCGCUACGCAUACCCGGAGUGAUCGAGUUCUCUCUGUGUCUGCUGUUUGCCAAGCUGGUCAGCUACACCUUCCUCUUCUGGCUGCCGCUCUAUAUCACCAAAGCAGCUCACCUCGAUGCCAAGAAGGCUGGAGAUCUCUCCACCCUGUUUGAUGUGGGAGGAAUAGUGGGGGGGAUCUUGGCAGGAGUGAUCUCUGAUAAACUAGGGAAGAGAGCCACCACCUGUGCAGUCAUGUUGCUGCUAGCUGCUCCUACACUGUAUGGCUUCUCCAUGAUCAGCGAGUUUGGUUUGGGGCCAACCAUCGGCAUGCUGUUGGUGUGUGGAUGCCUAGUCAAUGGACCAUACUCCCUCAUCACAACUGCAGUGUCUGCUGAUUUGGGGACCCACAAGAGCCUGAAAGGCAACGCCAGAGCCUUGUCUACUGUCACUGCCAUCAUCGAUGGCACAGGCUCUGUAGGCGCCGCGCUGGGCCCCCUGCUGGCUGGGCUGCUGUCUGCAGGCGGCUGGGAUCGGGUCUUCUACAUGCUGAUGACGGCUGACUUCCUUGCUCUGUUGCUCUUGCUCCGGCUCGUGACAAAAGAACUGACUUCCGCUAAAUCCCGUCCCAUCUCCGCUGUAGAGUUAAAGGAGCACUGAACUCUCUUUGAAUGCACUGCCUCCACAUAGGAACACACACACACACACACACACACACACACACA